CGGGGGCUGCUCCUCGCGGGGCUGAGAGAAGUUCAAAAGGGAACAAGUAUGGCCAGCAGUAACAGACCUCCAAUAGCUCGUCCUUCUUCGAGAGCAGGAAUAGGGCUGACCACGAGGCCUAGCUCUUCAUCAAGGACUCCAUCAGCAACCAGAAUAGGAACAGGGAUGCCUCCUAGUACAUCAAGGCCUGGUUCUCGUGGUGGUUCGUCAACUACUGGAGGAGUCUUAUCAUCUCAGAUUAAAGUUGCGGACCGUCCAGUGACUCAACAGGGAUUAAGUGGAAUGAAAACUGCAAUGAAAGGUCCUCAGAGACAGAUAAUGGAUAAAACUUAUUACCUCGGACUGCUGAGAAGCAAAACAAAUGAACUCACAACAGAAAUUAACAAGCUUCAGGAAGAAGUAGAAAUGUACAAGCAAGAGAAAUCUGUCUAUUUGUCAUAUGAAAAAAGGGCUGAGGCUUUAGCUGGUGAAAUCAAAGAAUUUCAAGGUCAGCUAGCAGACUACAACAUGGUUGUGGAUAUACUCAACACCAAUACGGAUAUGGCAGAAGUGAUUCGAGAUUACAAUAUGUUAAAGGUGCAGAAUGACCGAGACGCUCAGAGUGUGGAUAAAAUUUUCACAGAAAGACAAGCCACAGAAAAGUUUAUUCAAGGGGUAGAAGAAGAUAUCGAACGUGAAAAGGUUGUAGCAGAUGACAUAGUAAAAGACAUGUCACAGGAAAAUCAAGCUAAAUAUAUGGAGAUGAAGGCUGCAAAUGAAAAACUCUCCCAGGUUGGUUUGUAUCCUUGUACUUCCCUAAUGUGUUUCUCAAUCUGGCUCCAUUGGUUCCAGCUAUUAGGUGUUUGCUCUUCCCAACAGGAAAUUGCACACUCUCUGGUGAAACAGGAGGCUGUGCAGCUGUAUGAAAAGCUCCAUGAGCUCGAGGAACGUCGAGAUCAAAUGAUUGCUGAGGAUAAGAACAUGGAAUCUCCACAGGAGGAAAGAGAGAGAUUACUAAAGCAGGUUAAGAACGAUAGUCAAGAAAUAGCCAGCAUGGAAAGACAGCUGACAGAAGUAAAAGAAAAAACAAACCAUUUUAAAAAGGUUAUUCAACGACUUGAUAUGGAUCUGGAGAAUCAUCAAGGAGAGGAAAAUUGGAAAUACAAGGAGCUGAAGAAGAGGGAAGAAAGCAUGGACAAUUUUCUUGAGACUUUCGAGGAGGUGAAGAAUCAGGAAUUGGAACGAAAGGCCCAAAUGGAAGCCAACAUUGUUGCACUCCUGGAGCACUCAAGCCGGAAUGUGAAUCGUAUGAAACAAAUUUCGUCUGUUACCAAUCAAGAGCUGAAGAUUAUGCAGGAAGACCUCACUUUCAAAUCAAAUGAAAUGCAGAAAUCACAGAGCACUGCUAAGAAUCUGAUUACAGAGAGUCAAAAACUGCAGAUGGACCUACAGAAGAUGGAACUCUUGGAGGGCAAGAUGGUUGAUGAACUGGCUUCUCUUAAAGACAAAAUUGAACAAACCAAAACUGAGUUGGAGGUUUAUAAUAAUUUGCCAGCUCUGAAAGCAUCAGGAGAGGAGAAGAAGAAGAGACUCCAGGAUGACAAAGAAAAAUUAACAAAACGUAGCCAUGCUUUCAAGAAAAUAAUGGAGCAUUUGAACACAGAGUAUGAGACACUAAAGAGAGAGCUGCAAGAGAAUGAGACACAUUCUCAGCUUACAAAUUUGGAGAGGAAGUGGCAGCACCAUGAGCAAAAUAACUUUAUGAUGAAGGAAUUCAUAGCAACGAAAAGCCAGGAGAGUGACUACCAGCCAAUAAUGAAGAACGUGAGAAAGCUGGUCACAGAAUACAACAAAGCUCUCAUAGAAGCAUUACAGAACACCAAGAACUGAACCCCGGCACUUCCUUCCUGCCCCAGUGGACCAACAAUGGGAGAUGUGCACAGGCAGUGUGGAAAGCUGGGCUAUGGAGCUCGUUUGCUCACCACUACAGUGGUAGAUACUCUUAAAAGUUUUUUUCCAGGUUUUUAGAAGUCAUGGGUUUUGAUAGUAUCCCUUCAUUUGCAACGUUAAAAAAAAUUAGAAAUAAACUGAAUUUUAGACACCUGUAGAAACAAAAAGGAAAAACUGUACAAUGAGUGUAAAAUCAUCAGAACAUUUUACUGAGGCCCAUUGCUGGAUUGCAUCUCAAGUGCGAAACUUCAGUCUGCUUUACACAACGAAUCUCUGAUUGUCUUGUAGUCCUAUGCCUGCCAAACGGAAUAGGAGCUUUCCCUGAAUAAGGACUGCCUGACAGGCUCUCAUACACAAUAUCUUAAAUGAAGUCUGUAAUAAGAUAAAUGGUAAUAAUCAGCAUACCAUCCCUAUUUAAAUAGCCAUUUAUAAUGGGUAAGGAAAACACCUAAGGAUAACAAGCAUCCUUUUAAGUCAGAAUUGCUUCAUAGUAUAAAGCCUUCUAAUAAAAGCAAAUGUACUUUGGAUCUGUCAGCAGAUUUUCACUUCCCAGUGGAGAACUGAUCAACUUAUUUUUUAUUUUUUAAUGUAACUUUAAGGAGAGAACUGUGAUAAAAAGUAGUGAAACAGAGCUAAUACUGACCUUGUGCAGAGUAUUUUACUUUUGUAGUAUUCACCAAUAAAGACUAUA